AUGUCAUUACAACCACUACCGAAGAAUGCGACAGUAGCCAUGUUAGGAGCAGGAAUCCUGGGACUCACAUUCACAUACUUUUUGAGCAAAUUGCGACCGGAUCUCAGCUUUCAAAUAUUUGAAAAGUCUAACCGACCAGGUGGGUGGAUGUGUCUGCCCCGUCUACUCGUCAGUGAUAGCCACGAGUCUAUAAUAUUGGAAAAGGGACCACGAACUUUGCGCGGAGUCAAGAAUGGGAGUUUGUUUAUGAUUGAUAUCUUACGAAAUUUGAACUUGCACGAUGAAGUUGAAGUUAUCCACAAAUCUAGCAAGGCUAAUAGGAAAUACAUCACUGAUGCACAGGGUGAGAUUGUUCAAGUGCCUAACUCGUUCACGACAGCAGUUGAUUUUUUCAAACGUGUGCAGUGUCUCGAUGGGAGCUUGAUCUCUGGGUUGAUCAAGGAGCCGUUUGUAAAAUCACUGAGCCAUGACGAAACAGUGGAACAAUUUUUUCGACGGAGAUUUGGGAGCACGGUUUUGACUGAAAACGUUGCCAGUGCGAUAAUACACGGUGUAUAUGCUGGUGAUAUUGGCAAGUUGAGUAUAAAGAGUGUAAUGCCAUUCCUUAAAGAUAUUGAAACUCAAUCUGGGUCAGUUAUAAAACAUGUUUUCAAGUCCAUGAUCAAGAGCAAGAAGCCAAAUAAACUGCCGCCUUCUGUGGAGUUGGAGCUAUAUGAAAAGUUGAUUUCACCGCAAGCCAAUUUGCCAACUUUGCAAAGCAACCUCAAAUCAUUUCCCAUGAUUAAACUCAAGAAUGGUAUGGAAACUUUGCCAAAGUAUUUGGCUCAGUACUUGGAGUAUAAUACAAACACCGAAAUCCAUUACGAUACUCCAGUCAAUGAAUGUGAUCCUAAAUUGGGGCAAGUUAAUGGACAAUCUUUCGAUCAUAUUAGAAGUACGAUAAACACUCACUCACUUGCCCAAUCUAUUCAACUGAGUGACCUGUUAGUCUCCAAACUCAAAGGUGUAUCAUAUGUGAGUAUCUUUUUGACUAAUGUAUACACCAAGAAACCGAUAUUAUUGCCAAAGGAUAAACCAGGGUUUGGGUUUUUGAGGCCACGUCAUUUGAGCAUAGAGAAUAACGCACAAGCAUUACUUGGGGUAAUUUACGAUUCAGAUAUUGAAAAUCAUGUACAAAGUUUGUUCAAUAAGGAAAAGACCACUCCUUCUGGAGAGUACAACAAGAUUACUAUGAUGAUGGGUGGUCAUUAUUACAACCAUUGGAAUAUCCCUUCCAAUAAACUAAACUUGAAAAUUGUUCUAGAUGUGUUGCAGGAGAAGUUGAAUGUGGAUGUGUCGAAAUAUAAUCUCAAAAUCAUUGAAGAGGGUCAAGAGUUACAAGUGGAUUCAAUUGGUGAUGAUGAUAUAGUUGUAAGCUGCUCCUUGCACAGAGAUUGCAUACCACAGUAUAAUUUAGGAUACCAAGAGUUGAAACAGGACGUGCUCGACUUAGUGGAAAAAGAGCAUUACAAGUUGUCAUUUGGUGGAACUGUGUUUGCUGAGGGAAUAGGUGUGCCCGAUUGUGUGAGUAAUUCCUUCACUGAUGCUGUCAAACUCAUGUAA